AUGGUGAAAGAACCAAGAUCCCUGGCCACCCUCCCAACCGAGCUUCUAAUCUCAAUAUCCGAGCACCUGAUCUCAAGCGCCGAUCUCUCCGCCCUCGCCCGAACGAACUCCCUCUUCUACAACCUCCUCAACUCUCACCUCUACGAGCGCGAUGUAACCCGGGACAAUGCGACAGCCCUCAGCUGGGCCGCGACAUUCAAUCAUACAAAGACGGGGCUGAAAUCUAUCGAAGCGGGCGCUGAUGUUCAGUCGUUUACGGACUUCGAUCCCCGCAUCAAAGGAACCACGCCCCUUAUGCUUGCCGCGUAUCACGGGAGUAUCGAGAUGCUCCAGGUACUCUUGAAACUCGAGGAUGUCAAUCCGAAUAGUCGCGAUAGGAAAUAUAUUCGCCCACCUAUUUCCUGGGCCAUUAAGCGGAACCAUACAGCGGUGGUGCGUGCGCUAUUGGAUGAUGAUCGGACCAAUGUUAAUCUAGAGGAUAAAUGGGAAGGGGGGGCUGAUCCUCGUAUUGCGAAUCGGCAGGGUGCGACGCCGUUGUCCCUUGCUGCGAUGCUGGGUGUCAAUGAAGCGGAACUACUUCUUGCGGCGCAUAUCCAGAGUAUACUGGAAGGAGAUAAUACCACCGAACACUGCCAGCAUGUAUUUUUUCACGCGGCUAUCGUGGGACAGCUGGAUAUCGUUGAGUACCUUGUUUCAUACUUCGGUGAGAAGCUCGAUCCGAACGGAGAGCGGAAUGGGCACGGGCGAGGCGCAUUUGCCAUUGCAGCGGAGCGAAACCAUGUCGAUGUCGUCCGAUAUCUGUGCAAGUGGGACAAGACUAAUCCGAAUUUGAGCGACAGCUGGCAACACGACACGCCGCUGUUCGAAGCUGCGAAGCACGGGCGCAAGGAUAUGGUGAACACUCUGCUGGAGUGCGAGCGUGUUAAUUUGGAACAGGGUAAUGUGCGAGGGACGCGGCCACUCGCUAUUGCAGCGGCGAGUAAUCAUGAUGAUAUUAUAAGGUGUUUGCUAAAGGGUCCACGGCGGGCGAACGUCAACACCAAGGACGAUAACUGCCAUACGCCGCUGUAUCAAGCUGCUAUCUUUGGCCAUUUGCAGGCUGUUAAUGCAUUGCUUGAGGCUGAGGAUAUCGAGCCUACGUGGGGCGAUGGUGUUGAUUCUACGACUCCCUUGGAUGCGGCAAUCCAAUACGGCCAUCAUGAUAUCGCAGAUAGACUGCGACAGUACUUGGCCCAGUCAUCGUGA